AUGGCUGGGGAGGAGAUAUGCGGAGACAUCGUGGUGGACUUCACGUCCGGCAACACACAGAGUGAAGGAGAGACGGCAAGCUCCCACCAUGACUCCAACGAGACGCGGGCAGCGAUGACGUUUAGCCGCUGCCACAACCCACCACCUGGAACUGAAAGUUUAGACUACGACCUCCACGAGAGCCCGAUGAUCAUGCAGUUCGUGAACAACCAGCAGCUUGCGCUGUCGAAAGGCAACUGCUUGCUCCGCUUCUUGGGGCACAGUAGCCUUUGGAGGCAGAAUGGCCGCGGCAUUAUCCGAUGGCUGAUCAUCUGCGUGGCUGGGCUGAGCACAGGCUUCGUGGCCUCGAUGAUCGACCUCGGCCUCACUCAGUUUCAGAAGCUGGAGUUCUUGCUGCUGAGAUCCACCAUCGACGCCAGCGACGACUGGGUCCCGACGUAUUUCGUUUUUCUGGCUUUUCGCCUGUCUUUGGCCAGCGUGGCAGGCUUCUGCGUCUGCUUUGUCGAGCCCUUGGCCGCUGGAUCGGGCAUCCCCGAGAUCAAGUCCUUCCUGAACGGCAUCCACAUGCCCCGGAUGCUGGAUAUCAAGACGCUGGUAGCGAAAGCUUUCGGCGUCAUGUUCAGCGUGGGAGCCGGCCUGCCUUGCGGCAAGGAAGGGCCGAUGAUCCACAGCGGCGCCAUUUGUGGGUCCCUGACCUCGCGCGUCUUCUGGACAAAUCGCCUGCGGCCGAUCAACAUGGACAAGGAGCAGCGCGAUCUCGUCACCGCCGGAGCCGCUGCGGGCGUCUCCGCCGCCUUCAGCGCCCCGGUGGGCGGUUUCCGGAUCUGUGCCGUUGCCAACCACUGGGUCCCGCAUCCUCGAGGCUACUGCUUCCUGCUGGUGGAUGCCUUCGCUGCCCUACUAAGCUCCCUUGGCUUUGUGGUGUCCUUGCACACGGCGGUCUGCGCAGCUGCUCCGGAGCCCGAGGCCAUGUGGGGCGAGCAUGUGGUGCUCGUCGUUCACCUGGAGGAAGGGGACUUCAUUGCAGACGUCGGCCUUGGUGAGGGCUCGCGGUCGCCGGUGCGAUUGGAAGAGGCUGCCUGGACUGAGGAUGGCUUCGAGUUCUCUCUGAAAUGCCGCUCUGGAGGAGAGUGGCGAUUUGAGAACCCCAUCAAUGCCACGGGGUGCCUGCCUGGCUAUGCAUUUGACGUGAGUACAAGCGCUCCGAACUUUGAGGAGUUCGAGGCAUUCCACGAGUUUUACUGGGCUCACCCAGACUCGCCCUACGUCAUCGGCCCUGCCUUCUGUCAUCGCAAGACCAAGGGCCAAGGUAUCUUCUCGCUGCAUGCCUGCACCCUUCGGAGAACUCAUCCAGAGCUGCCAGGUGGGAAAGAAAUCUUAGCCGUUGCCAGCUGCAAAGAGGAGUGGUUUCGCAUAGUGAACGAUGUCUUCUUCAUGCCCUUCGAAGAUUGGGAUGACCAUCAGAAGCAGCAACUCUGGGACUUGGUCCUGGCGCAGCACAACAGCCAUGGCCGGGUCCUCUUUGCCAUUGAGGAAGGUGCCACGCACAUGAGUGUGGACAUUAUGCUGAAGACCUUCGUCGCCGCGGCGUGCGCUGCCCUGGUCGUGCGAUUCUUCCACGGCGGCUUUGACACGGGCCUUUGGGGCAUGCUGGGCUCAGCGGUGCCCCUGGAGUUCGGCGCCCUGCCGGACCUCCAGUAUGCCAUUUGGGAGCUUCCCCUGUUCGCAUUGCUUGGCAUCCUCGGUGGUCUCAUGGGCGCCUUGUACAACUGGCUCAACGUGAAAAUCACGAGGGUCCGGAUGCGAUUCAUUGGCCCCACUGGCUGGAGGAGAUGGUCGGAGGUCUUGUUUCUCACUUUUGUCGUGUCCAGCAUCAAGUUCAUGGUCCCGGUCCUUCUGAUGGAUGGCGUGUCGAACGUCUUCGGCUCUGUCAAGCACACGCUGUGGUGGAAUGACCAGGCAGAGGCAGUCAAAGCCAUUUUCCACAAGGAGAUGCUGGCAUCCGAUAUGGCCAUUUUAGGCACCGUGCAGUUCUUCAUCGCCUGCUGGACGUAUGGCGCCGGCGUGCCGAGCGGGCUCUUCCUGCCCUCGCUGUACCUGGGCGCCGCCUGGGGAAAGCUUCUGGGAAUGGGCUUCUACUAUGCCGGCCUGCUCCGCCACAUUAGCGACGCCGACAAGUACGCCUUCGUCGGCUCUGCCGCCGCGUUGUCUGGCCUCGGGCGGAUUACGAUCUCGCUCUCUGUCAUCGUGAUGGAGUGUACCAUCAACAACCAGUUCGGCGUUCCUCUCUUUCUCGCGACGAUGUUGGCCAAGUGGGUGGGACAAAUCUUCAACGAGGGGAUUUACGACCUGCACUUGGAGCUGAAGCAUGUGCCCCUUCUGGAGCCGAUGGGUGGCAAGGAGCUUCUCGACCUCCGGGCUAUGGACAUCAUGGCACGUGACAUUAAGACGCUGCCGCCGACGGCUCCUGUCAAACAGCUGGUGGGCUUACUACAGGACGAGAGUCACAACCACCACGGUUUUCCGAUCAUCGACAUGUCCUCGGGCGUGUUCUUGGGCCUCAUUCGCCGGAGUGAGCUUCUGCACAUCUUGGAGAGAGGGCUCCCAUGUUUGGCAUCACAUCUCUUAUUUUCCUAG